AUGACGAUGAAGCAAGCGCUGGACGUGGACGACUGGUUCUACCGCGUCGCUGACGUGUACAGCUACUCUAAGGAGCAGCUUUUGGAGCGCUUUUAUCGUGGCAAGUACAAGAAACAAACGCAAUUCUUGCCACUCGACCAUGUCUGCCACGUGCUCAACGACCUCGAGCCGAGUGCGCGUGACCCAUUGACGCCGGCCAUGCAGCGCUUUCUACGCAGUUUUGCUUCCAAACACAAGGGCGAGUAUGUGGUCGAUAUGGUCGCGGCGUUGGACAGCCUGGUGUUGUGGCCCGCGGCCAAGCGCCGUGUCCACGAAGCACAGCGACCGCCUGCGACACCACCACCAUCAACGGCACCACCACGGAAGCCAUCGCUGCCGCUGACAGUCGAGGAGCCACUGCUCGCCGACAUUGCCCGGGCACUGGGCCCGGACGGCGUGCAGCAUGCGAGGGAGCUGCUCGUACGCCAAACCAAGGAAGCCUACCAGCACCUCGAUCACGUGCUAUCGACGCUCCAGUCGCUCGUUCGUUUCCGCAUAUUGCCCGAUGCCUUUUACGAUCUCUGCGUCGGCUUUCCCAUGUCGGACGCGACGCAUGUCGAUGCUCGCGCUCUUGUUGACGCGAUGCACGAUCACCUGCGCUUUCAAGUGCGUCCGACGGUCAUCACGUCGCACGAACUCGGCGCCAAGCCACCUGCUUCGCCGUUGGAGCAACUCCGCGAGGCGUUUCGCACGCACCGUAUUUCGCACCGGAGCCUUCUCCAGCAAUGCAGUCUCUUUGACUUUGAAGACGACGGGUACCUUGCCCUUCCAGCAUGUCUCUCAAUUUUACAGUCGUUUCCGUGUCAUACGCUCUCGACGACCGAGCUCACGGCGCUUUUGCAGCCCUACACCGAGAGUCACUGCGUCCAGUACCACGCAAUGGCCGAUGCGCUCUGUGCACCACCCGCCAAGGUGUACACACCACGAUCGGCCAGUGCCAAAACGAGUCAGAAAACACCCAACCCUUGGGCGGCUCUCCAAGCCAAGCUCUAUCACGACACGACGACCGAGUCGCGCGUCUACGACAAGCUACACGCGAUUUUUCAAAAGCUCAGCGCUGACCAUACGCACAUCUCGGAGCACGACCUCCAUCGCGUCCUUGGCAACCACUGGUCCGCCGCCGAGAUCGCGUGGGUUACCCAGACCUUGCACCAGCGCGGCGCUGACGACGAAAUUGACAUGCAUGCGUUCUACGAGCACGUGUUUCCGCACGAGAUGCGCCCGUCGUAUGUGACCAAGUUGAAGCACGUUCAUGUCGCCCGGGCCGAAGUCAAGUCGGCCUUUGAAGAGUUUGCGGCGCCGUACUCGGGCUAUCUUACCCCUCGGCAAGCGGUGAGCGCAAUCGAACACUUGACGUCCCCGGUGGAAUGGACCGAAAAUGAGCUGGACGAUAUGAUUGUGGCUCUCGACACGGCGGGGAAUGGCCAAAUCCGACUGCAGCGACUCUGGGAUCUCUUGUCUCAGAAAGGUCAGACGACGACCUUUGGCACGGCCAAGCGGUUUGAGAGCGACGACGACGAUGCGGUGCACCCGGCCGCCGUGCGACCGUACCCAGUGCCAAGUCCCAAGGCCCGGCGCGCGAGUCCUCGCAAGUCGCCGCCGCCCCGACGCUCGACGAGUCCAUCCAAGCGCAAUCAAACGCCACUGCGGUCCGACAUGGCCGAUAUCGUGCGCCGGCUGCGUCAUGCGAUCACCACGCACUCGAUCCCUCUGCACGUUCUCUUGGAUGAUGCCGACGACGGCAGUGGUCGGCUCUCGGCGCGCCAACUGUGCGACGUCCUUUGGCCCAUUGCCGACCAGUACACGACCGUCAAGCAUGAGAAGCUCGUAUCGAUUCUGGAGCUCCUUGAAGCGUCGGAUGGUACCGUCGGGCUCACCGACGUGGCCGAUGUCAUUUUUGACUGGCCGGGUUUGCAACAACACUUGCAGUCGAUUGCGUCGUUUUCUGAGGUGAUGACGCUGUUUCAAGCGCGGGACCCCGACCACCACGGCCGCCUGCGCCUCGCACCUGAUUUUGAACAUGCGUUUUUCAAGAUUUUCCGCACGCAACUCCAAGCGUGGGAACUCCGGGUGAUGCACGACCGGUUUGGCGUGACGCUGUCGGGCGAGCCUUUUAUCGACUAUGGCGCGCUCGUGACCUUUCUUCUGCCGCGAUCGCCCGUCGAUCUGUUUGAAGACUUGGUUGAUAAAGUCGUACCCGGCAAGUCGCAGGGGGACCAGGAGAUUUACCGCAGCUUUAAACGCUUUGAUAUGGACGAAAAAGGGUACUUUGACCGAAAAGACGUCAAACGCAUGCUGCAAGAGUCGCUCGAUGUGACGCCAUCGCCCGACGAGGUGGACGCGGUGUACCGGCAAUUUCUGUCGCCGUCGUCUACGGAUCAAGUCGUGCGGCUGCAGCGGUUCCGAGCGAUUGCGCACCAACGGCUCUAGACUCGAUAGGACUUGUGCAUUUUUCUCUCCUUUUUAUAUCAGGAAAACACUAUCAUGAGUGUAAACUGCAAGCGUUCCGA